AAAGCUUAUACAAGCAGGUAAAGAGAUGUGUUCUUUUGAGUAUUUUUUUUUAAUUAUUAUAAUUUUUUUAGAAAAGAAACUACUCACAAAAAGAUACUGAUCAAUAAAUAAAUAAAUCAGAUCUAUCAGAACUGGGAAGGGAGCACCUGAUUGAAGAAAUAAUUUGAACAAUAAACGGACUCAACCGACAUCGCUGAGGGACUUUUAUUGCAUCACGGAGGUCAUUUCCUGUUUAUAUAAUGGGCUGUUUUUGAGCACUGACACGUGAGAGAGCGCGCGCUGAGGGAGAGAUGGCGACAACCUACAACACCUUCAGUCUGCACACGACCCCUGAGAAGUUCUACAUUGAAGCCUGUGAUGAUGGCGUCAGUGAUGUGCUCAUCAUUGACCGGGUGUCGACAGAAAUGACCCUGACAGUGAGGAAGGACAUUCCUCCGUCAGCAAUAACACGACCGAUAUGUGGAAUCAUGGGAACUAUACGGCUGGUGGCAGGCAUGUAUCUCAUCAUCGUUACCAAGAAGAAGAAAGUGGGCGACCUGCUCGGCCAUGCGGUCUGGAAAGCCGUGGACUUCGACAUUAUUUCAUACAAGAAAACUGUUCUGCAUCUCACUGACAAUCAGAUGCAGGACAACAAGGCGUUCCUGGGUAUGAUCAACGGCGUCCUGAACACCGACGGUUUCUACUACGCUACCGAUUAUGACCUGACACACACACUCCAGCGUCUGUCCAACACCAGCCCCGAGUUUCAGGAAAUGAGUUUAUUGGAGCGGGCCGAUCAGAGGUUUGUAUGGAACGGGCACCUCCUAAGAGAAUUCCUGGCACAGCCUGAGCUACACAAGUUUGUCUACCCUGUUAUUCACGGCUUCAUCACCAUGAAGUCGUGCUGCAUCAACGGGAAAAUAUUUGAUUGGAACAUCAUUUCCAGGAGGAGCUGCUUCAGGGCCGGUGUGCGCUACUACGUCCGAGGGAUCGACUCUGAGGGUCACGCCGCUAACUUUGUUGAAACGGAACAGAUUGUUCAGUAUAAUGGAGGAAAAGCUUCAUUUGUGCAGACUCGAGGAUCUAUCCCGUUCUACUGGUCACAGAGACCAAACCUUAAAUACAAGCCGAAACCACAGAUCAACAAGACUGUCAAUCAUUUGGAUGGUUUCCAGAGGCAUUUUGACUCUCAGAUCAUAACGUACGGCAAACAAGUGAUUCUGAACUUGAUUAACCAGAAAGGCUCGGAGAAGCCGCUAGAAUCGGCCUUUGCCAAGAUGGUGGGCAGUCUGAGCAACGGCAUGAUCAAGUACAUCGCGUUUGACUUUCAUAAGGAGUGCAGCCGGAUGAGGUGGCACCGCCUGCAGAUACUGGUCGACAUGGUGGCGGAAAUGCAGGAUGAGUUUGGCUACUUCCUGGUGGAUUUGGAUGGGACGGUUCAACUGCAACAGGACGGGACGUUCCGAAGCAACUGUAUGGACUGCCUGGAUCGGACUAAUGUCAUUCAGAGUCUGCUGGCGCGCCGCUCGCUGCAGUCACAGUUACAGAGAUUGGGAGUUCUUCAUGUGGGCCAGCGGAUUGAAGAACAGGCAGAUUUUGAAAAAAUAUACAAGAAUGCGUGGGCAGACAAUGCCAAUGCUUGUGCCAAACAGUAUGCUGGCACAGGAGCCCUAAAGACCGAUUUUACACGGACAGGAAAGAGAACCCACUGGGGUCUGCUGAUGGACGGAUGGAACUCCAUGAUCCGAUACUACAAGAACAACUUCUCAGAUGGCUUCAGACAGGACUCCAUUGAUUUGUUCCUGGGGAAUUAUGCCGUUGAGGAGGCGGAUAUAAACACUCCUCUACAUGAACCCAAAGACUGGAAGUUCCUCACGUUGCCGAUAAUCAUGGUUGUGGCGUUCUCGAUGUGUAUAAUCUGUCUGCUGAUGGCAGGCGACACCUGGACGGAGACAUUAGCGUACGUGUUGUUCUGGGGGACGGCGAGCGUGGUGACCGGAGGCGUCAUCCUCUUCAACGGCCGCGACUUUGUAGACGCGCCCAAACUGGUGCAGAAAGAGAAGAUGGACUGAAUGUGUGUGUGUGGAAAGCAGCUUGGUCCUGCCGAGUCUUUAUCCUCCUCAUCAUCCUCAGUGCUGUCUUACUCUCAGCUUCACCGCGCCUGGAGCUUGUACUGACGUCACACGGCGAAGAGGAGGGGGGAUGAAGGGUGGGGGCCAGGCGGGGCCAGGGCGGUGUGUGGGCAAGCUCAAACGGACUCGAUGCGUCCCACACCUGCUGCUCUCCACACGGUUGUCGUAUCAUGGACCACCUCCUAUCUCAGAAAUCCUAUAAAUCCAUCCACACAUGGGCAGCUUUACAAAUCCAUCACUGGAAUUUCACUCAAGCACCUUAGACCAUCAAACAUUUCAUGUAUGGAUUCCAAAAACACCUUUCUUUACGGUUUCCAUGAGGUUUACGGCCCCAAGCCGAGUACUGUAUGUGUCGCAGCUCUCUGGCUGUUCGUAUAAAACAAACGUCUUUGUAUCUGCCAUUGCUGCUAAUACCUCUGCACUGCAAAGAAAUCAUUUUCUUAAUCUGUAUUUCUGUCUUGCUUUAAAAAGUUCUUAACGUCCUUGAAACCACAAAUUAAGCAACAUGUUUAAAAUGACUUGUUUUUGUUUUAAUUAAUGGUUAAUUUUUGUUAGCCCAUUGGUUAGUAGUUAUUUAAAAUAGUUUUAAGCAUAAAUCUAACUAAAUUUAGUUCUAUGCGUUAUACAACAAAAAUGCUAUUACCAAUGAGAUUUCACAAUGGGAGGGGCUACCCAAAAAAGCAUAAAACUUAUUAUGAUGGAACGUGAAACUAUGGUGAUGGAACGCAAAACUUAUUAUGAUGGAACGUGAAACUUAUUGUGAUAGAACGCAAAACUAUUAUGAUGGAACGUAAAACUUAUUAUGAUGGAACGUGAAACUAUGGUGAUGGAGCAUAAAACUUAUUGUAAUGGAGCAUAAAACUUAUUGUGA